AUGAAGAACGCCUUGUUGAGCGUUCGCCUGGUCACUUGGUUCGUUGCCUGCUUCUCCCCGUGGUGGGUUCUAAUUAACUAUUUCCUUACCCUGCAAAGGUGCUCCUCCCACGUGAUGUGCAGGAAAAACUCACCAACAUGUGCGAAUGUUAGGAGCGUAAAUGGCGCGAGGAUGUUUCACGAAUAUCCUAGAGGGCAAGUUGCCUCCUCCCUACAGGACAUCAAAGGUGGUUAUCUUGCAUUUUGUGCAAAAGGGGCGAAGGUGAAGGGGAUGCAUUAUAUUGUUACCAAUUGGAAGGGUACGAAACGGAGUGGUGCUUACAAAGUACGUUUUGUUACACCUGAUAGGGUUCAGGUAUAUUUUUUCAAGGAGGCGAAAAACAAAGGUGAGUGGGAUGAAGGGAUACAAUUGCAUGCAACAGAGGAGGGCGCAAAUGUGUGCAGGGAGAAUGUAGUUUCGGAAUAUAUUUCCCAGGAGAAGGAGAACCCCCACCUGUUGGAGACAAGCACAAGGACAGAGGACAAGGACGAGUACAAUAGACGGGAAUAUAGAAAAUAUGAGAAGUCGCUGAAAAAAAAAAACAUUCACGCCAUCUUACUCUGUGGAGGAAUCGGGAAGAGGACAAGGUUAGCAAGUCCAAAGCAGCUCUUAAUGUUGAAUGAUAUUCCACUCUUCCUUUAUUCAUUUAAUUUGUUUAUAAAAUGUAAUUUAAUUAAGUCCAUCAGUCUUGUAUGCGACCCGAACUAUUUCCACGAUGUUAUAGAGAGCAUUAACAAAUUUAACAGUACUCUUCUACGAAGGAAGAAUCAGAGGGGUUUCCUGCGCAAGGGCCAUUCGAAGAAUGUGUUGACCUUGUCAGAUGUAGAAACCGGGAGGGAUACCAUCGAAGCCAUUCAAUUCUUAGAAAAAAAUAAGUAUAUAAUAUACGACAAUGAGAAGGGGAAGUGCAUUACCAAUUUGGAUGAAGUAUUCAAUGAUGUGAUGGAAAAAAAGAGGCAACGCCUUGGGGGGGUCGAGAAGGAAGGGUGCACAAGAACAAGUAAUAGAAAAGGUGUUCGUGGAGAAGGGAUAAAUGUGAAUGAGGAGGUGAAGGCAAGCGAUAUUGAUUCGAAUCGAUACAAGCUUAUACGAUUACAGGGGGGAGGGCCGGAGAGGGUGGACUCCCUUCUGAAUGGGCUACGGGGACUGGACUUGUCGGUGGAAAACGGAGAGUACAUCUGCCAAUUGUUGCGGGACCACGCCGCUGGGGCUGAGAAAGCGGCUGAAGCGAUUGGCACAGGUAUUGUGCACGGUGAUCUCCCACCUCGCAAUGCGUACCUCUCGCACAUCCUGGUGCACGACGGGGCGAGGCCCUUCCUGUCUGAGUUUGACUUGUUUAACCUGGUUUACAUGGCAACGAUUGGGAAAAAUACGAUUUUGGGAACACGCGCCACGGACACCAUUAAGCGGAUAGGAAAUGAAGAGCAAGGUGAAGAUUGCCUCAGGGUGAAGGCCAACGUAGAUAGGGAAUUCAUAUUUCUGGCACAUACUCCACAGAUAUUUAAGAGCGAAUUGUUGGUACAAGUGUGUGCGAACUUACUUUCAACGAGAGGAGGGGAAAUCCAACAAAGGAGCAUAGCCUUCACGGAUACCUCAUCCCUAUUUCAACACUUUACAAAGAAAAAAAUAUUCGCUUUGCAGGCAAAGUUUCCAAACUUCAAAAUUACGACCCCGACAGAUGUUCUUCUCGCCAUCAUUCUCAUGGGACACCUUUUUAGCAGUUCCCAUGGAGAGGUAGACAUGAGGAUAUUUAAGCAGACAUUUGUGAAUUCUCCAUCGAGUUACAUCCCUGCGAACUUGCUUAACGACCAUUUUUUUUACGACUCUCUGGGGGGUAAACAGCGAAUCCUGUACGACCACUUCUACUACAAGUAG